AUGUACGUCUUGAACACCAAUGCAGCAAAUGCGGAUGUCGAAACCAUGCAUAUUCUCCGCCAGAUGGACUUCACUGGCAUACCCUUUGAGGAUGGGGCUGUGGCCGACGCAAAUGAUGGUGACAAAAGUCCUGGGCUUAGUAUUCUUUCGACAAGAUCCGAUUGCUCGGUUGAGCUGAUAGGCGGCUUCCAAAGCCUCGCUCGCGUUGUGAGGUUGCGAAGAGGAAAUAAUAACGACAUUAAGACCGAUGGCGAAGAAGAACUGUGCGAAGAUGCUCCGGAGAGGCUUCAACAAGCCCCAGGUGAGAAAACUGGUGACAGAAAUUGGUCGGAUUCUCCUGUCCAGGCCUCCAUCCCCACCAACUGUUAG